AAUCUUUGGUAGGCCUCGCCGAUGCGUUUUCGUUUCGACCAAUGCGUUCCUUUUCCUUCCUGUCGGCCUAGUUUUUUUCCGCCACGAGCCAUCGAAGCCUACAGAUUCGUAACGGGGUUUGCCUGGGUCAAGUUAUAACUUAGAAUACCUAGCAAGUGAUCCGUGUGAUCAUUAAGUUAUAAGGAAAAGCAUAAGACUUUAUUAGUUUUGUAAAGUGGUUGAAAAAAUUGAAAAUCGACGUCGACGACGGAUAUCAAGAGAACGACUGCAUACCGGCAAACAAAGAAACCUUCUUUGAGAACAAUUUAUCCUCUCUUUAGUUAGCUAUGAGUCAUGUGGCCGUCGAUAAUGUACACGGUCUAGACCAGCAGCUUGCUGGUCUAGACUUGAACUCGGCCGACCUGCAGGGCGGAGGCACUGGCCGACGUUACAUUCCACCCCACCUACGGAACAAGGAGAUCGGCAAGAAUGAUUCCCCUGGAUGGGAUGGAGGUCGCUCCAACGGCUUUGUGAAUGGCUACCAUGACAACCGCAUGAAUGGGGGUCGCGGCGGCUUCGAUGGUCGUGGCGGUGCCAUGCGUCAGGACCGCGGUGGCGGCCGUGGCGGAUUCCGUGGCAGAGGUGGAAGCACCUACAACCCUGUUCAGCCCAUGCCAAACGCUGGAUUCGGCAACGACAAUGGUGGUGGCUGGAACGUCCAGAAGGACGCUUACAGCAGCUUCGCUAACCGCAGCGACCGCGGCAAGUCUGCUUUCGACCGCAGCUCCACAAGGGGAAGGUAUGAGCGCGGAGGCUUUGGUGGUGGUGGUGGUGGAAACAGUCGCUGGGUGGAGGACAGCAGAGAGGAAGAGGACUGGUCCAAACCCCUCUCUCGCAACGAGCGCACGGAGAAUGAGCUCUUCGCUGGUGGCAACACCGGAAUCAAUUUUGAGAAAUAUGAUGACAUUCCAGUGGAGGCAACAGGACACGACAGUCCCAGCCCCAUCAGCGAUUUCCAAGAUGUGGAGAUGGGAGAGAUCAUCAUGGGCAACAUAGCUCUGAGCCGCUACACGCGCCCCACCCCCGUGCAGAAGCACGCCAUCCCCAUCAUCAAGAACAAGAGAGACCUGAUGGCCUGCGCACAGACAGGUUCUGGGAAGACUGCUGCGUUCCUGCUGCCAGUGCUGAGCCAGAUCUAUACUGAGGGCCCAGGAGAGGCUCUGCAGGCCGCCAAGAACAGCGCCCAGGACAACGGAAGAUACGGCCGGCGUAAGCAGUACCCUCUGGCCCUGAUCCUGGCCCCCACCAGAGAGCUGGCUCUUCAGAUCUACGACGAGGCCCGGAAGUUUGCGUACCGUUCCCGUGUGCGUCCGUGCGUGGUGUACGGAGGAGCGGACAUCGGCCAGCAGAUCCGCGAGCUGGAGCGUGGCUGUCACCUGCUGGUGGCCACGCCUGGCCGUCUGGUGGACAUGAUGGAGAGAGGAAAAAUUGGCAUGGACCACUGCUGUUACCUGGUGCUGGACGAGGCUGACCGCAUGUUGGACAUGGGUUUCGAGCCGCAGAUCCGGCGCAUCGUGGAGCAGGACACCAUGCCCCCCAAGGGGGUGCGCCAGACCAUGAUGUUCAGCGCUACCUUCCCCAAAGAGAUCCAGAUCCUGGCGCGGGACUUCCUGGAAGACUACAUCUUCCUGGCGGUGGGGCGCGUGGGCUCCACCUCAGAGAACAUCACCCAGAAGGUGGUGUGGGUGGAGGAGGGCGACAAGAGGUCCUUCCUGCUCGAUCUGCUUAACGCCACAGUCAUACCCAGCGAGGUCCAGGACCAAACUGGGGAGAACCUUGCAAAGCCUGGUAAGGAGUCUUUGACGCUGGUGUUCGUGGAGACCAAGAAGGGAGCGGACGCCCUGGAGGACUUCCUGUACCGCGAGGGCUACGCCUGCACCAGUAUCCAUGGCGACCGCUCCCAGAGGGACCGCGAGGAGGCGCUGCACCAGUUCCGCUCCGGCCGCUGCCCCAUCCUGGUGGCCACAGCAGUGGCUGCGAGAGGACUGGACAUUCCUCACGUCAAGCACGUCAUCAACUUCGACCUUCCCAGUGACAUUGAGGAGUACGUCCAUCGUAUUGGCCGCACAGGCAGAGUAGGAAACCUUGGCCUGGCCACCUCGUUCUUCAACGAUAAGAACAGCAACAUCACCAAAGACCUGCUGGACCUGGUGGUGGAAGCCAAGCAGGAGGUGCCGUCCUGGCUGGAGAGCCUGGCCUUCGAGCACCAGCACAAGAGCAGCAGCAGGGGACGCUCCAAGGGAAGGUUCUCUGGCGGCUUCGGAGCGAGGGACUACAGGCAGACCAGCGGAGGAGCCGGAGGAAGCAGCUUCGGUAGCCGUGGCACCCGCGGCGCUGGCAGCCACAGCGGCAACCGAGGAUUUGGCGGCGGUAAGGGUGGCUUUGGAAACUUCUACAGCAACGACGGCUAUGGUGGAAGCUACAACCAGCAGCAAUCAGUUGACUGGUGGGGCAACUGAUUCGACCAACUUUUACCCCCUCCUUAUUCAGAACACCUAGCUGACCUGAUCCCCUGGCCCCUUCUUCCUCCACCACCCCUUUGAACCACCACUCCACACCAGUUCACGGGCUGAUCCAGCCACCACCACCCCCCCCACACAUAAUUGAAUGGGAACCACAUGAUGCCCCAGAAGAGAAUAACCAUGUGUUUUCACAUCAGAACCCUCUUUGUAUAUUAUCAAGUGAGAUUCUUUGUGUUGACUUCUUCGGGAGACGAGGAAGUGGCUGGCUAGCAUGAAGAAAACAUAAGGAAAAAAAAAACAUAUCUGCACAUUGCUUGUCAAGAGGAUGACCUCUUUUUCUUUCUUUUUUUGCUUGGGGUGUUCCGUGGCACAAAAGGUGAAUGAUUUAAAGUCUGAGGUUGUUCGUUGUUUGUAAGACAAAGAAUCACUUGAUAAUGUACUGUUCUUUUUUACGUUUUCCUUAAUUUGAGUAACAUCCGUUCUCUUUUUUUUUUUUUUUUUUUCCAAAAUGCUGUAUUCACUGGCAACAGACUAUACACUCAUUUUUCCUUUUAAAUAUAUCUUUGCGUAACAACGUCAAAUAAUUGAGCUCGUAUCAAAUCAAACCUUGGCAAAUGUUUUGUGAGAUAAUGACUCCAGCCAGUCGUUGUUCCAUUUUGAACUUCAAAUUUUGUUAGCCAUCCUGUGGUGCCAUCAUAGGCGUUUCCUUCUGGGAAAUGGGAGAUAGCUUGCAAAAUGCAUUUCAAAAUAAGAUUUAAUCAGUUGACUCAUUUCUUUAAAAAGAAUACCCAACAGAUUUCUUUGAACUAGCCAUUCCAGUUUGUUUUGUUUUUGUUUCUCAGUCAUUUAAAAAAGAUCUCCAUUUGUUUACAGAGCUGCAAAAGCACUUGAUGCUUGAACUUAACAGCCAUUCAACCAGAGGCUGCUGGUUUGUUUAAAAAAAAAAAACAAGGAAAAAAACUAGCACGGAUGGUUUGUUAUUUAAGUAGUGCAUUCUUACUUGAACUGUAUAAAAAAAUGCAAUAGACUUGGAAGUUAAAAAUAUAUAUAUAUUAUAUUUCUUAAUCACACAGAGGUUGGUAUUGUAAAUGAACGCGCCAUAUUUGCAAAAGUGGAAUGGCUACUGGUGGCGAAGAAGUAGUAGAGUGCGUCACUGCAGCUCCUUACUGCUGGUCCCAUGCUAGUGUUUUUUGGUCAAGAGGGUGAGGUUUUUUUUGUUUUUUUCUCAAAUAUUCUCACUACACAAUCACUUUUUUUUUUUUUUGGCAAGCUGCGUUUAAACUGAAAUGAAAGGAGGCCUAGGCUUAGUUAUAGGAAGACUGUGCCUGCUCAGCACCGGAGCAAGGCUGGACGGCCCCAGUUUUUCUUCUCCAUCUCUUGAAGUCGUCCGAAAGGGCUGAGAUGUCGGCGGUAUGAACGAACGAACGUGCACAACCGGACUUAGAGGCGAAGUUGUUCUUGGUUGUAAAGUAAUUUCUUUUAAGCCAGGAUAUGACUGCUGUGUUUCCACCGCCGAGUGGGUGGGUGCUGUUAUCAUUCUUAAUUCCUGACUGUUCCAAUCCCCGUACUGACUGUGCUUUCUGGCAGCUAAUGUAAGGAAAUGAGUUGUGUGGCUGCAGUGUACUGCGGAGACAUCGGUGGCUAAGGGGAAUGAUUAUUGGGGGGGGUAGGGUCCUUCACCGCACCCCCCUCGACAAGUGGCAUCUUUCUCAAGGAGAAAGCUAUUUGGGAGUGGGCAUGAACAGUCUUUUCUUUGACUGAAGUGCAAUAGAUUCACUUUCAAACUGUGUUGUGCCUUGACAUUUCAGAUGAAGUUAAAAAAAAAAAACAUUCUUAGCCCAACAAUCAGUGCACUGACAGCAUUGUGGUAACGACUUAACGUGACUCUUCGAGUUUGGGCUGUGUUCUCUUACAUUAAAUCCUUUUGAGUUUUAGUUGAAAAAGAAAAGGUAUUUUAUUGCACCUGUGCAGUUUUAUAGAUGUCUCAUACAUGUACUUGUGUGUAAAAGAUUGCGCAGACGCAGCUUGUUUACAAGAGGUUAUGGUUCUCAGUAUUUUUUUUUUUUUUUUUUAUACCUGGGUUUGUUUUUGGGACCAGGGAAUUGGCAGUGGAGAAUUUAGCCAUUUGCACAGAUAACUAGAUUCUACUUUUGCUGCUAGGCUGUGUAAUUUAUUAAGCAUUUUUGAAAAGUAUUUAUUUUUAUAUGCCUAAAAAAGUGAUACUUUCGAUAAACUUGACCAAAAGACGGUAAAAACACUGGCACUUGAAUGUUAGUCACCUGAGUGAUAGUUGUUUUACGGAAAUAGUGUGAGGAGUGAGUGUCAACUAUUUGGCUUUGAGUGCAUUUUGGCUAAGUGUGCAUUUUGAUCGAAUUUAAAUUGGCUGUCAAAAUUUGAAAGAAAAUACCAUAAUACCAUGCCAAGGUUUGGACAGAAAAAAAGUUAAAACAGUACAUUUUGUCAGUGACUUUCUUUUCUUUUCAUUUUUUAAAAAAUAUAUAAAGCCCUUUCCCCCUACCCUACCUCCUUGUUAUGACUGGCUCGUGAGUAUGUGGAAACAUGUGGUGUGUACUAUAUAUAUAUAAUGUUGGAAUAGAUUUUUUUGGGCAUCUUGGAAGGAUGUGUCUCAUAAGGGAUGCAUCUAGGAAGGGUGCGUUUCAGAAGGAUGCGUCCUGUGAAGGACGAGUCCUUAUUGUGUUUUUUUUGGUACUCUAGAAGCCAAGUGAGAAUUUUUAUUGGCCUUCUCACCGCCAGUAGUGGUUAGCGAUUGCUUUAUGUAGCAGUGUAGAUACUGUGCACUACAUAAAGACAACUUGUCAAUUGUAAAAUUUUACUUCAUUAAAAAAAGACAUUGCAAAUAUA